AUGCUUCGCCACAAUUUCCGGUCAAUAAGGAAUCAAUUGGUUGGCUGGAGACUUUCCAUGUCAGCUUGCAUAGGACACGUGCGGAGAUCGUGGCGAGGCAGAGACGGCAGAGGGAAAUUCUCUCCAAUCCCUCUCACUCACCGACCUCAUCUAACGUCAAGUAAUAAUGUACAGCACCUCUCGCAGGAUUGCGAGACGCCCAGCGCUUUUGGCGGAGGUUCUAGCUUAACCUGGUUCAAUCAUCACCCGGAGACGUCGCGACCCUUGUCAGGUUCGUCCUUCGUCACAAGAUCCUCAGGCAAACACCAGCGCCAUCUCAGGUCUCUCGCUCAACAUCGCCGCUCAUAG